AUGGGUGCCACAAUUACUGCUUCCAAUAAUGCUGUUGGUCAGGAACUGGCCUCAGUUCUCCCUCAGGACAACAAACACUGGUACCAACGAGCCCAUCUGAUCAAACUUAGUUUGAUAGUUCUAUCUCUCUGCCAAUUCUCCUCAACCAACGGAUAUGAUGGCUCCAUCAUGAAUGGUUUACAAUCACUACCUUCGUGGCAAGAGUUCAUGAAGUCCCCAACUGGAGCAUGGCUCGGUUUCAUCAAUGCCAUCUACUGGCUUGGUAUGAUGGUCUGCUCGCCAAUGGCUUCAGUGAUCAGCAACAAGUACGGGCGUAAAACCAACGUCUGGGUCGGAUAUCUCUGUCUCGUCAUCGGAGUCGCUCUACAAACCGCGGCACCAAAUGACAUCACAUUCUUGUUGGCGAGAUUGUUCCUUGGAGCCUGUUCAGCCUUCUUCUCAAACUCUGUUCCUCUUCUGAUCAACGAGAUCGCAUAUCCCACCCACCGAGGUAUUGUCAGUGCUGUUUUCAACACUGGCUGGUAUUGCGGUUCUAUCAUCGCCGCUUUGGUCACCUUUGGAACUCGCAACUACUCAAGCUCAUGGGGAUGGAGGCUCCCAUCACUGUUCCAAAUCCUUCUACCAAUCGUUGCACUCCCUGGCUUCAUCCUCUGCCCCGAGUCUCCUCGGUGGCUUGUCGCUCAAGGUCGCGUCGAAGAAGCGCGUGCUAUCAUCUGUGCCCACCAUGCCGGUGGUGACGAAAGCGCUCCCCUUCUCAACUACGAAAUGCUCGAGAUUGAGACCGCGAUCAACGCCGAGAAGCUCGCUAAGCAUUCCUCCAGCUACGCCGACAUGAGCAAGACCAAGGGCAAUCGCUGGAGGCUCGCUAUCUCGAUCUCUUUGGCUAUCUUUUCUCAAUGGUCAGGGAAUGGUGUGGUCAGUUAUUACUUAGCCAUUGUUCUGACCACUGUCGGCAUUACUGGCGCCACAGACCAGCUUCUUAUCAAUCUUGGUCUACAAAUCUGGAACCUCAUCUUCGCUGUUGGGGCGGCUUUCAGUGUCGACAAGCUUGGACGUCGCGCGCUCUUCCUCGCCUCGGCAAGCACCAUGUUGGUCAGCUACAUCAUAGUGACUGGUCUUUCGGGGUCUUUUGCUCAGACUGGCCAUGCUGCAACCGGCGUCGCUGUAGUGCCAUUCCUCUUCGUCUUUUUUGCCGGCUACGAUAUUGCCCUUACUCCCCUCCUUGUAUCUUACACCUGCGAGAUCUGGCCUUAUACACUUAGAACCAAGGGUCUUACGGUGACCUGGGUGACUGCAAUUUCCGCCAUUUUUUUCAAUACCUUCGUCAAUCCUAUCGCACUUGAAGCCAUCGGAUGGAAAUACUACUUCGUUUUCAUCAUAGUACUGAUCGCUAUGGGCAUUACCACGUACUUCUUUUAUCCCGAAACUCGUGGCUACAGCUUGGAGCAAAUGGCUUUCAUUUUCGAUGGCGAAGAUGCCGCAGUUAUGGAGCCAGAGAAGACCAAGGAGCGGGCAGCGAGUGUUGCACACUCGGUUGAAGUGGAGGGUGGAGCUAAGACCAACACCGUUACUUAUGAGGAGAAGGUGUGA